UUCUCGCUGCAGUUCUCCAUUCGCUCGAUUUUCCAUCUCUCUCCAUUCUUCUUUUGACUCCUCUGUCACAAGAACAUAUAACGUUAUAUAUCGGGUGAAGUCAACUGCUUUUGGAAACGGGCUAUAGUUAGGACAGCUAAAUUUAAUUCACAGCUCACUCUGCUGAAACAGCCAACAGAGGUGAAUUUGGAGCUGCUCAGCAUGGAGCCAAAGACGUCUGUCAGCUCCAUCCAGGACAGGGUGAGAAGUCUGAGCUGCAGUUCCGCUCUGCGCUACGGCUCUCUGGUAAACAGCGUUUCAUCACUUUCAGUGACGGCAGUAGAGGAACCAACCAUAUCACCUCGCCGGGCCUACGUGGCUGUAUCUGUGCUCUGCUACAUCAACUUGCUCAACUACAUGGAACGAUACACAAUAGCAGGUGUCCUUCCUGACAUUCAGAAGUUCUUUAAUAUCAAAGACAGUACAGCUGGAUUGCUGCAGACAGUUUUCAUCUGCAGUUUCUUACUCUUGGCCCCUCUCUUUGGUUAUCUCGGCGACCGCUUCAACCGGAAAUUCAUCAUGAUCGGUGGUUUGGCUGUGUGGCUUGUCACAGCUACUGGCAGCUCUUUUGUCACCAGUUCAUACUUCUGGUUCCUGGUGCUGAUGCGAGCCCUUGUCGGAAUCGGUGAGGCCAGCUACUCCACCAUCGCUCCCACCAUCAUCGGGGACCUCUUUACUGGAACAAAACGAAGCCUUAUAAUCUGUGCCUUCUACAUCUUCAUCCCUGUGGGGAGUGGUCUUGGAUACAUAACAGGGUCAUCAGUCGCUGCGCUCACUGGGGAUUGGCACUGGGCUCUCAGGGUCACCCCCAUCCUGGGUGUUGUAGGACUUUUAUUGCUGGUCAUCUUGUGUCCUAACCCACCCAGAGGGGCUGCAGAAACCCAUGGACAAGGUGUUAGCACACAGAGCACUUACAGUGAGGAUGUCAAGUACCUUCUGAAAAAUAAGAGUUUUGUGUGGUCAACUCUGGGGGUAACAGCUCUGGCCUUUCUCACUGGAGCUAUGGCUUUCUGGAUGCCAACCUUUUUGUCGAGAGCUCAGAUCACUCAGGGACUCCAGCCCCCUUGCACCAUAGAAAAAUGUGACACCUCAGACAGUUAUAUCUUUGGUGCUGUGACAGUGGUGACGGGCAUUCUGGGAGUAUGCAUCGGCAGCGCUUUAUCAAGAUGGUUCAGGGGCAAAGUGGAAAAUGCGGAUCCACUCAUCUGUGCAGCAGGCAUGCUGGGAUCCAUCCCCUGCCUCUUUGUUGUGAUCUUCGCAGCAGCAGUCAGCAUCCCAACCACUUAUGUAUUCAUUUUCUUUGCUGAGAUUCUGUUGUCACUCAACUGGUCCAUCAUGGCUGAUAUACUCUUGUAUGUUGUUAUACCAACCAGAAGGGCCACAGCCGAGGCUUUGCAAAUUACAGUUGGACAUCUCCUGGGUGACGCUGGGAGUCCCUACUUACUAGGAGCGAUCUCUGAUGCAAUAAGUAGAACCAAAGCUGAAUCACCCGACUGGACCUUCAGCAGUCUGAAGUACAGCUUCUUAGUCUGCCCGUUUGUCGGGGUUCUAGGCGGACUGUUUUUCCUCAUGACUGCUUUCUACAUCACUAAAGACAGGAAGGCGGCUCAGCAGCUGGUUGCAGAAAGUUCUCAACCACAGCAGGGUUCUACAGCUACAUCCUCCAUGGAGCUCAGCAGUGCAAAAGAAGCCUAAAUCCAUGCAAUCACAAUUACACACACAAGGGAAAGUGAAAAUGACUGUUAGUGAAGUCCACAUGAAGAAUGUUGUUAAUUUAAAAUAUCACACCAUGAAAUGUCUUUUUGCUUAUGUUUUUACAUGGAAAUACUAUUGAAUAAGGAGGAUUUAUGUUGUUUUUCUCUGAUAUUGUUCUGUGUUGGUGUCAUAAAUACUGGACAGAGACUUGAAUUUAAGUAUCUUAUUUAAAUCUUUUGUUUCCAAUAAACACCUCAGUCUAAGCUCAAUGUUAAAGCAGGUCUGCAGCUUUUUUUUUUUAAUGGAAAUGUUUCAUAUUUGUGAGCAAAAUGUUUAAAGGUAUUCUAUGUGUUCCUCCCUAAUGUGAGCAGCAGUCUUCACCCACUGAGUGAAUGCAUGUGGACAUUUUGAAGUAUUUUAUGGUUCUCUUGCAAUAAAAUGGACUCAGCUUUUGAAUAUUUAAAACCCAGCGUGCACUUGUUUACUGUCAUUAUUCCGCUGAAAUAUGCUGAUGCCUCAUGUGGCCAUACAGGUUGAGCUGCAGAUUUCUCCGGCCUUCAGUUCUGUCUGCACAAACCACAGGCAGAAGAAGAUGAAUGUGUGUUACCUGGAGGAUGAUCACAUUAACGUUCCGUUCAGUGAUUGU